AUGAGUAGCAGAAAGGAGGAGGAGAGGAAUGAGAAGAUUAUUCGUGGCCUCAUGAAACUGCCCCCAAACCGGAGGUGUAUCAACUGUAAUAGCCUGGUAAGUUUUUCAUAGCUUCGAUUCCGUUUUCUCAACUGCAUGGCAUAUCGAGGGCUAGAUAGAUUUUUAUUUUAUUUUAUUUAUCGACGAAACCCUUAUUGAUGUUUUUCCGUCAACAGGGGCCGCAGUAUGUCUGUACUAAUUUCUGGACCUUUGUAUGUAUCUCUUGCAGCGGGAUUCAGUGAGUAUUUUUCUUUUUUUCUCGUGCCUUUUCUUUUUUUACUUUUUCUCCUUGUCUGGUGGGCACUUUUCUAUUUGGCGUCAACUUGUAAAACAUAAUAUUCAUAUUGGGCAAUGGAACGUGAAGCUACCAAAUUUGAAUUACCAGUCCACGUGCUUUAAUUUUUACUCAUGAGAUUUUAAGUUUCUUUGCAGCUAUUUUCCUUUUUCUUCCCGUAAGCAUUCUCAAAUCUUUUGACCAGUGAUCUAUCGAGUCUCAGGAAUGGGGUUGUUUUUAGUAGUUUUCAAUUAAUUUAUUAGAGUGGGAGUGGGGGCGGGGGGACAGCGCAAAGAAGGGAAGAAAAAGAUUCAGAGAGAAAGCUUCAUUUAUUGAAUUAAUACUGAUACAGGUGCUUUCAAUUUGUGUUGACCUACGGUUGUCUUUCUUUCAAUAUGAUAGAAGGAUCUGAUGCCGUGUUCAUUUUUGAUAAUUUUUUGUUAAGUUGUCCCUUGAACAGAGAGACAAACCAAUAUUAGCUGUCUUUUACUAUGCUUACUACUGUCAAAGGGGCCGGCAUCUGCUCCAAUAGCAUUGAUAGAAAUUGGAUCUAUGUAUCUACUUAAAUGCCCAUAAUGACAUGAUCAGCUCCUUGGAGACGAGUGAUCUUGUGACCUUCAUGGAACUAAGCCCUUGAUGCCAAAUUUGGGGAUCAUGUCAUCUUUUGCAGGUUAAUCAAAAUUAGACUUGCCAACAUGCAAAAAGAAAGAGAGAUACGAUUAUUGUGGAUAGUAUUCUUCUGGCAUUGAAAGGAAGUGGUGGAUUUUCGAUUUUUCUGAACCGGAAAUCAAGGAGAAGUACCCCCUCAAUAUCCUUGUCACCCUCAACUCCCUUCAUCAUUACUACCUUGAAAUAUGUACACUCCUUGAAUUAUAUGUUGAUCGCAAAUCCAUGUAGGCUCUCACAUGUCAUGCUAUAAAUGUAGUUAUGAGCAUGUAGAGAAUUUUUUGUCUAGUAGCCAUCUAAGAACUGUCAUUAUUCCGUACUAACAUUCCAUCGCUGAUCAGAACACUGGAGUAAGUCAUGAUGAGGGUAUCUUUCUACAUCCAUCCGGGAGGUUGCCUGGCUUAAAAUGUUUGAAUUUUCAUGCCCCUUCUUGAUUUUGGUGAUUUCUUUCACCAGAUGCUUGGACGCUCACGCUUAGAUCCUAACUAGAUUACCCCCCUCUUAUACCUUGAUCUAGCCUUGUUCAAUGCUCUGUUUAAUGUUAGCAUGUCAUCCUGUUUAAUAUUCUUGGAUUGGUCUGCACCUCCACUCAGAGACAUAUUUGAACUUCUUUUCCACUCACAAAUUGGGAAAUGCCUCGUGUGCUUUGGAUUCACAUUCUAAUAACUUUUAGUCCAUCUGAAAAUUAGUCAACCAAGUUCCAAUGGGAACAAAAACUCUUAGAAGAUUCUCCUAACCUUUCUUAGACAUAAAUCCUGAAAUAUACAUCUCUGAACCAAUAUCUAGCAUUUUCUGGCCUAUUUAAAAUGGCUAUUUAAAGUCAACUUAAAUAGCAGUUUUAUUUAGAUUUGUCUGGAAUCCGGUCCAAUCAAAGAUGCUUGGACGUGUUGUUUUUUUUCUUUUUUCUGAUCAAUGACUAAAUGCCAUCGUUCAUAGUAUGCAUUAUGGCAAAUUCAUCCAUAGGUAAGUUGUUGACUGUAAAUCUGCUUCAUGGAAUGCUUCUUUAGCAUUUUCUAUGGCAAUCUCGUAGUCCAUCUGCUCUACCUUGAGAACAAUUUGGCUAAUUUUUUCUCUAGAAAAGCGUAUCUGGACUGAAAAUGCAUCAUUUAACCAUAACGUUGUUUGAUGACCGCUUUUGUUGAAUAGGCUCUUUUCAAAGUUAUGGCAAUUUUGAGUGUUUUACGUGUGUAUGAACAUAAACUGCAAGUUGGAGUGUAGUCAUAAAAACCUCGUCAUUCUUUCUGUUGUAAUCGGCUAAUACUGUAUUGGUACUUGGAUCACUAUGAGAUGUUAUUUAUAGGGUGGCUGAUGCCUUGACAAAUUUUAAAAGUAUUUUUUUGCGGAGUGGCGACCUUGAUUGAUGUGAUAAGGCUUAUGAUGGUGAUGAUGAUGAUGAUGAUGAUGAUGAUGAUGAUAAUGAUAAAUUGAACUGAUUUUCUGUCGUAAUAAUGAUAGACAUUGGUUGCAACAUGUACAAGACAAUCCUGCACGAUACCAUCCAACAUGUACAAGACGGUCCUGGAUUAAUCAUAGAAUUUUUUUCUCAUUGUUUUUCUCUGACACAGUCGAGAAUUCACUCAUCGGGUGAAGUCUGUUUCCAUGGCAAAAUUUACCACUAAGGAGGUUGAAGCUCUUCAAAAAGGUGGUAAUCAGGUAAAAAGCACAGAUUUUCUCCUGCAAGAGGUUACUUCUUGCCACCUUUUUCUGACUGAGUUUAAUUUAAUAUUUAAGCGUGCAAGGGAGAUCUUUUUAUCAGACUGGGACUUUCAGAGGACGAGAUUGCCUGACAGCAGGUGAAAGUUAUAUCAUUCAGAAAAUUGUUUUCACGUGCAGCACGCUUAUAUUUUCUUUUCGUCACUGCCUUUCUUCAGCAAUCCUGAUAGAAUCAGGGAGUUCAUUAAAAAUGUGUAUGUGGAUAAGAAGUAUGCUGGUGGGAGAUCGUCUGACAAGCCACCCAGGAAUAUGCAGGUAUUUAGAUUUAAAGAGUUAUAAAUAAUUCUGGAGUACUCUGCGGUCUAUUUCUUUCAUCUUUCUCUCUCUGGACUGCUUUACCCCUUCCUUCCACACGUAGACAUUAUUUUAUAAACUUGUUCCCUGGGAUUUCUGACAGAGCCAGAAGAGCUUUGAAGAAGAUCAUCGCCGUGCCAGUUCUUAUCAUUCAUACUCUCAGAGUCCACCAUAUGACCAUCAAUAUGAAGAUAGGCGUUAUGGAAAACAAAGUGGGAUGCUUACUAGAAAGCCCGGUUCAGAUCGAGGGACUUUUGAAGGGAAGAUAUCUAGUCUCAUUUACAGCCCUGGUCGUCUAGGUGAGCAGAUGUAUGAGGAUAGAUUUGCCAAUGAAAUUUCCGGUCCAAGAAUAUCAGACUUUUCAGUAUCUAGCACUGGCGAUACCUUAAAAUUUGAUGGUCAGCCACCGAAUUUUCAAGGGGAUAGCACUUGUGUCACCAAUACCCAGCAGGUGAGAGAGAUCCUAAUCGAAGAUGGACGGUGUCAGGUAUCGACGCAAUAUUCAGAAGCAAAUCCCAGGAGAAAUGUAGAAAGUGCUCUACACUCACAGGUUGGUGUUCCCUUCGUCUCACAAUCAUGUGGCAUGGAUGUAUAGUUAUUAUAUUUACGUGACGAUGAUGGUAAUAACAAUGAAUUUUGAAAAACUGUCUUCAGAGAAGCGCAUCUUCAGGCAGCUUUGGAUCAUUUGAUAGCAACUCGGUGUCAUUGAAAUCAGUUAAUUCUGGUGGUUCACGUGAAGUUGUCAUAGAAGCUGAACAGCCAGUCAGAAGUCAACAGGUGGAAUCAUUGUUUCCUUCCGAACAGCAAUCAUCUUCUCCUAUUCAGCCUUCUUUUGCUCAACAAGGAACUAUUCCUUCAGCAUCAUCUUCGGAUUUUUUUGCUGAGAAUCAGUACUCUUCUACAUCUUUGUUUGAGAAUCCCUUAUCACAGUCGUCUCUUCACGGAAACCUUGGGAAUCCAAAUAUGUCUGGUCCAUCUUUUGUUCAGCAGGCAACCAGCUCUUCUGUCCUACCUUUGGAUUUGUUUGCUGAAAUCACUCAUCCCUCAUCCUCGACUACUUUGGAUAAGUCACAGCCAGUACCAUUCUCUGAGAAAGAGGGAUGGGCUACAUUCGAUUUGCCACCUUCCGGAUCUGCUUCUGAAACAAAACCCACAUCCUUUUCUACCAUUGUUCCUGUCGAUGGAAUCAGCACGGCAGUUUUUGAUGCUCUUCCACCCACUGGUAAUAACACUCAGAGGUCAUUGGAACAAAGCUCCUUUUCUCAUGAAGCUUCUCCAUCGUUUACUGGCCAAUGGAAUUCAGGAAUCAGUCUAGUUAAAUUAGCUUCUGAGGCGACAACCUCCCAGGUAAGUGAUCUCAGAGUUUGAUCAGUUUACGGGGGCAACUUGAAUUACGUAAGAGUAACUUACACGGUUCUCUUCCCCCUUCUCCUCUCUCCCCCUGUAGACAUGGAAUGCUUUUGAUGAUUCUUUUAGAGGUUUUCCUCUCCCGUCCUUUGGGAGCUCAGUGCCAAAGAAUGAAGUUCAAGUUCCAGCACACAUUCCUCCUACCAUUGUCGAUCAAAAGGUGCUCCUCAUGUCCAGUGUUUCGUGUGAGAAGAAUAUUGUGGUGGUGCCACGUUAAUCCAUUUCAUUUGGCGCAUUUGCAGGAUUUUGAUAGAGGUGGAUUACAAAUAUCAGGCAUUGGUGGUAGAGCUGUAGGAUCAUCUUUCAACCCAGUUAUCCCUCCGAUGGUGUGUCUUCUUUCUUUGAGCUCAUAGGCAUGCUUAUCUUGUUUAGAUAUAAGCUGCAUGAGUUUGAUUUAUUAUUCUUAUUUACAAAAGGUAAUUUAUUAUUUUUUUCGCAGGGAGCAAACAGUCGCGAAUCUAAGUCCACAAAUCCAUUUGACAUUCCAUAUGAGUCUGAUUUGGAACCUGUUAAGGUAUAUAUAUCGCUGUAACCUCAUCAAUGUUUUCUUUAAUACAACUCAAUUAGAUAAGUUUCGGGGCUCGGUUUGUCUCUUUAACGUUGCUUAUCCCUGUGACUAAGAUUGCUUUCAAUGAAUCUCUCUCUCUCUCUCUCUCUCUCUCUCUCUCUCUCACACACACACACACACACACACACACACACACACACACACACACGCACAAUCUUAUGAAUCCACCAUCAAAUAGUUUAUAUUAAUUUAAAUAAAAUGGAUGAUACUUUUAUUCGAUGCUGGUUACUCACUCAUGAUCGGCUCAUUUCCUUCCCAGUUCCUGGACAUGAGUCCUCUGCAGGCAACGCUUCCAUCUGUGCAGUUUCCACCUCCAUUCCUCAACAACCUCGGCCAACAAUGGUUUCCUCAGAAUCCCAUGCCACCUUAUGUUGCUUCUGUGGCCUCAGGUACGUUCCAAGUGGUCUCACUAGGGUUUGACUAUUUCGGGGAGCCCACCAACCUUUGAAAGUUCCCCUUGCAGGGAGCUUGCCGUACAUGGCUGGUCAACCGCCAAGUUCUCAGCUGCCGUGAGUCAAAACAGUUGCCUUAUUUGGUAUCUUUGAUGAAUUCUUGGUGAUUCUAAAACGAUUUGCUUUGGACAGGGACAUCCCUUCACAGGGCCCGGUUGCAUCCCUUGGGGGAAACCCAUUUGCAUAG